AUGUUUUUGGUCAUUCUCACAUUAUUGUUCUACACAACAAGAACAUAUGCUUUCAAUGCCUCAUAUGCUUUAACCCCUUCGCUUCAACAGUCUGUCCUUGAUGAGCAUAAUAGAUUAAGAGCUUUACACGUAGAUACUCCACCUUUAGUAUGGGAUGAUACAUUGGCAAGCUUUGCUCAAGAUUGGGCUGCUAAAUACGACUGCUCAGGUAUUUUGGUUCACUCACAAGAACCAUACGGUGAAAAUUUAGCAAUUGGUUACACUGCAAUCGAAGCUACAGAUGCGUGGUAUGAUGAAAUCCAAUAUUACAAUUACUCAGAUCCUCAAUACAGUGAAAAAACAGGACAUUUUACCCAAGUAGUAUGGAAGGAUUCUCAGAAGUUAGGUUGUGCCAUAAGAAAUUGUAAUAACGAAUGGACAUUUUAUUUCGUAUGUGAAUACGAUCCUCCAGGUAAUUAUCUAGGUGAAUUCUCAUUUGAAGUUAUGCCUUUGAUAUCGAGUCUAUCCAGUUCUACAACAGGUUUAUCAAUUACAAGUAUAUCUACUACUACUUCUUCAGAACCGUCAUAUGCAGACAUAUCAACUCUCGUAAGCAAUUCCUUGGCUACAAGAUCAAUUGAUGAAAGUGUUGCCGUACCUACUGAAUUGGCAGCUGAAGCUCAAUAUGCUACAGUGAAAUCGAAUAGUAUAUUGACUAGCAGUAGUAUUCAAACCACUAGUGUCUCUAACAUCAUAACUUCUUCAUUGUCCUCUCUUGACAUGACUAUAUCAACUUCUGAAUCACAAUCAGUUACCAGUUCUUCAAAGUCCAAGUUAACAACUCAAAAUAUUAUUUCUCCAAUUGUGUCCUCCGCUUCAAUGUUGCACUCACAGAUUGUUGCUUCAUUUAAAAAUUCUACACUCAGUAACACAGAGUCGCCAUCGACAAUUUCCACAAUUUCUAGUUCAGAACCAGCAGUUACUUCUCAAACAAAGUCAAUACAGUCGUCUAGUUUGGAUCCAAUUAUUACCUCAACAACUUCAACUUCAUUAUCUGUCUCCACACAUAUAAAUGUGGCAAACAGUUCAACCAAUGAAAACACUUCAUCCACAAUAUCUACCAAUUUAAUAACUUCAGAAACACAACUGUCAAGAGAACCAAAGUUAGAAGGGACUUCAAAAGUGACUACUGUAUCAUCUACUUCCUCUAGUUCCAGUGGUGCAUCUUCUUCUUCUACAGUCUCCGAUUCAUUAGAUGCAAGGUUAUUCAGUCUAUCUUCUGAAGAAACUACUCUAUUUAGUGAAGAUGUUGUAUCCCAAUCUUCAAAGAUCAACACAACCUUGAAAUUGGAGCAAUCAACAAUUAUAAGUUCGGCCGCCUUAUCUCUUCCAACGAAGGAAACCCCUUUUGCUACAAGUGACAAUGAAACCAUCAUUAACACCAAAUUAUCAUUACCAACUAUUACUUCUAGUUCGAAUGUUUCUAGUAUCACUCAUAUUACGACAACUUUGGAACCAAUUUCUACUUCCGUAAACCUUUUGUUCGAGCACGAAGUUCAUUCUUCAUUCAGCCCAGGUACAAAUAGUUCAAGCAAUACUAUUUCCACUUCAAAAUCAAUAAGUCUAAUAUCAUCAUCUUUAAAUGAAAUUGAAGAUUCAACUUCAACAUUUUCUGCACAUUUGUCACUUUCAUCCAAAGGCCCAAGCAAAGUAAGCUCUUCAGGUAUAACAGAGGUUCCCUCAAGUAGUAAUAAUAUCACAAGUUCAACGUCGGUUUUAUCUACAAGCGAACUACCAGUUAAUCCCACUUCUACUAUUUCAAGUUCUGUUUCGGUCAAGAAUAUAGUAACUGAGACACCUUUAAUCACUCCAAAUGUUACUAGUACCAAUUACAUCUUAGAUGACGCUGAAUACAGUUCUGGAAUCACUUCCAUUAGUAGCUCAGAGUCAAGUAAUACUGUCACACAAUAUAUCGGUAUUCUAAACUUUGAUAACAGUUCAACAACCGAGCUAUCACCUUCCAUAAUAACUUCAAGUAAGUCAACUUUAACAGAAUCAACAACAGCUUCCAUAAGUUCUUCCCCAGUUUCUAGUGUCAGCGAAAUAAGUUUGAAUGGUACUAAUAUUUAUUCUACAACACUCCCACAAGAUGGUUCAUACAGUUCAGCUAGAAUUGUCGCAGGUAUCGAAGUAGGUUCAAGUAGUGUGUCAACUGAGAGAAAUUUACCAUCAGCAAGUAACAGUUUGGAUUCCAUUCCAAAAGAUAUACCAAUUAGUACUACUAUUCCAGAUGAUGAUGCUUCUUCUACCGGUUCUAUGGCCAACGAAAACCACAUAUCAUCCAUUAGUCAAGUUAUUGAAAUUCCAAUGACUACUUCAUUAAGCAAAGAUGUCUCCCAUAUAAUAACAUCCGAAAUUACUCAAGCACAAGAAUCAGAGGAUCCAUAUACAACCACAAUUAGAUCAGGUGUUGCUGUAGCAGUUUCUAGCACAACUACUAGUAGAACCACUACAAUUACAGUUAAUAAUAAUAAUAAUAAUGAUAAUGAUAAUUCGACAAGUCCUAUUUUAGAAGAUAAUAAUUCUCAAACUUCUGAAGUGAAUUUAGAAAAUAUAGUUUCUUUAGGCUCACUUGCUACCAAAACAGGUCCAUAUACCACAACAUCAAAUAUCGCGGUUGAAAGUGCCAUUGAGGGCCAAGUAUUGACUACUAAUAUAAGAAAAACACAUAGUUCUACUAUAUCAGUGCAAACUGAAAUCAUAGAGAGUUAUAGUGGAUCCCCAGCACAAGCUACAAAUAUCAUUAGCACUUACCAAGGUGAAGCCAAUCAUUUAUUAGAAAAGAACAGUUUCUUUUAUACUAUUAUCAUUUUCAUUAUUUUGUUUUAA